GCCAGUUGGAGGCCGGGCCGGCCAUGUCGCGGACGGAUGCGGGGAGGGCGGGGAGCUCGCGCCGGGGCGGGUGUCUGCGGCGUCCCCCGACAUGGGAGGUCUCGGACUCGGACGCCGAGGGCCCCGCGGGCGCGGAGGAGGGUGCGAGGGUGCCCGGCCCGGCGGAGGAGCGCAGGGCGGCGGCCAAGGCGCUGCGGCCCGAGCAGGCCCUGCGGCGCGUGGCGGUGCGCGUGGACCCAGCCGUUCUGGAAGAUGCUGGUGCUGGCAUCCUGCUGGAGGCCCUGAGCACUCUGGGCUGUGAGUACCAAGUGGAAACCCAGCGCCUGGCCCGGAGCCUCAGGUGGACCAGAGCAAAGCCGGAUUCUUGCUCCCGUACCGUGCCUUCUGAGGUGUGGGACGCAGGUGAACAGGAUUUUCUGCUGCUCCUGGAGCCCGAGGAGUUUCUGCAGGGCGUCAACCAGCUGACCCAGACCUGUGGCCCACCCUGCUCGGUACCGUGGAUCUCUCCUGAGGGCUCCGCCAGCCCCCACGUAGCCGUCAUUGGGCUGGAUGCCUACCUGUGGUCUCACCAGCCCAGCAACAUCCACGAGACGAGGCAGCCGGAGACUGCAGCAGUGGCCCGUACGGCAGUGGCACUCAGCUGGCCCAGGGUGGAGGAGGCCCUGGUGCUCCUGCAGCUCUGGGCACACCUGGAUGUGCUGCUGGUGGCCUCCUGGCAGGAGCUGAGUCGGCACGUGUGCGCGUUCACCAAGGCCUUCGCGCGGCGCCCCCUCAAGUGCGUGACCACCACCCUGACGGGUGGCUGCAGCCGGGAGGGGGGACAGAAGUGCCUGGAGAGGCAGUACCGGGAGUCCCGUGCCUUUUCCUUCUGUGUGGCUGGACGCUGGGCAGGGGGUGAGCGAGUGGCAAGACAUGGCACAGGGCUUCGGCGGGUCUGGUGGCGGCAGAUCAGGCAGUUCAACCGGGUCAGCCCGGCCGUGGCCGAUGCCGUUGUCACCGCCUUCCCCUCCCCCCGCCUUCUGCAGCAGGCCUACAGGACCUGCAACACAGAGCAGGAGCGCAUGGCCCUCCUGGCUGACCUCCCCGUGAAGACGGGCGAUGGUGCGCGGCCCCGCAGGGUGGGCCCUGACCUUGCCCGCCGCAUCUGCCUCUUCUUGACCACGACCAGUCCUGAGCUCCUGCUGGACCUGGGCUCCUGACCACGUCCGCAGGACCAGAAGGGGUUGGGGCCACGGGGUUGUCACCCAGAAGCCGUGUGGCAGAGACCAAGCAAAGAGAAUGGGAAGCUUCAGUUACAGACCGAUGCCAAAGGGAUACAGGAAGGAGACCCCAAGCACCCCACUACCAUGGAAUGCUGAUCCCUAAAAGCCAAGGCAGACUGGCUCUACUGGCCAGGGGCAGACCCUAGCCCCCUUCCCACUCGGUCAGCAGCCAGGGUCACAGACCAGAGCAGAACAAGGGAGAGGCGUGUUCAUCCUUCAGAGGUUCUCGGGGUGACCGGCCCACCCACACAAUCCAGUACUCCAGGUCCAGCAGGUGACAGAUGAGCAGCAAAUGUGUGUCAGAUGCUGUGACCCGGCCUCUGAACACCUCCCGCAUCUCCCAGUGAUGAGCUGGUCAAGGCAGGGACUGGCAGAACAGACUGCUCUGGGUCACGUGGUCCAGGGGAGCCAGAGGCAGGACAGGAAUGCAGGCCUCUGGCCUCUUGCUGGCUGGGGCAGUGAGGCCCUAGGAAGGGGCUGCCGCCCCAACUCAGAACUGCAGCCUCCGGGUCUGGAGGUUCUGUGGGGCUCAGCCACACUCACUCUAGAAGAGAUGCAACCCCUUCCUCCCAGAACACCUGGCUGCGCAGGGGCAAAAGGGUGGGUGGCUGUGACACGGCAGACGUGAGUCGCCCGAGGGUCACCCCUGCAGGAAGCCAGAGGGGACUCAGGGCAGAACCAAACCCCUGCCUAGGUCGAGGAGACUCAGGAAGCCCUCCACAGUGCCCACCCAGCCAACAGGCACAACGGCCAAGCCGCCCCAUCCUGGCCCGGCUGCGGCUGGCGCGGUGAGACUCGGGGGCGUCAGCCACCCUGCACCCCAGUCAAGCCACUCUGUGGACAGCUCCUGGCUCCUGGCCUUCCUGGAGCUCUGGAGUUGCCAACGGAGGAAAGGUGCUGCAACUUUGGUCUCCAAGAAUCAAAAGUCUUCCUACACACAUGUGUGCAUAUACAUAAACGUCAAACGCACAUCUGUCCAGGCAAGAGCACGCGCGUUAGGUUAACGAUAGCUACCUUUGGAAGACGGUCAGGUGAGUGGAACAGAAGCUUUUGUUGAAUAAACUGACAGAAAAUGGAAAGCACAGAGAAGGAUACACCAUCUGCCCUGGGUCCUGUCACCCCGGGACCGGUGGGUCCUCAACCGAGAUAAACUGCCUGGGUGAGCACAGAGCACCCAAGAGGCAGGAGGGCCCGUCCUCUGCCCUCGGGCGCAUCUUCGUCUUUCAGUCUGGGCUCAGGCAGUGCCCGUCCUGGGCGUCUCAACCCUUCGGUCCAGCCACGUCCACCUCCCCCACUAGGACCUACCUGCCCAUCUGAGUCGUAGCCCCAGUUAGCACUCCCCGCCAGAGCCACGGCCCGGGCAUCCGCAUCUCGGCGGGCUGCACUCAGGACGAAAUGCCAAGCUGUGCUGCUGCGAGGACGCCUGGCCAUGGUGGACAGGAUCUGGAAGAAAACUCAGGUUCUGAGCCAAGAAGAUCUGUGGCACCAACUCCCACGCUCCGUCCUCAGCCAGCGGUGCCAGGCCCAUCUCAAGGUGGCCGCUCUUAGGAGCCACGUGUGUGCCCAGCCAGGGCUCUGGAACUCUUCCUGACCUCACACCUCCCUCCAGGGUGCAAGCACCUUGAUAAAAGCCAGACAGAGAGCAUAGAACACCAUCCAGACACCCAUGACUCCCGAGUGUGGAUUUCAGCCCCUCUCUGAGCUCAGCCUACUGAGCCCAGCUGUCCUGCCUGCGUGUCCCUCAGGCAUCUCAAACCUUGUCUGGCUCCUCCUCUGUUGCCCAGUUUGACAAACGGCAUCUCCAACCGCCCAGUUCCUCAUGCCAGACCCACCGCAGUCAUCCUGAACACCCCUCUCCUUCCUUGGGCGGUAGCCUAACAGCGUCACAGCACCUCCAAGGCGUGGCCUGAACACCUCUCCAUCCCUGCGGUCGCCCGACUUCCCAACCACAGCUCACCUUCCUUCUGGCUCCUCCCACUCCACUCAUUACAACCAAGGUUGUGUUCGGAAACACAAAUCUUAAAAAUUAAACAACGCUUAAAAAGCC